GAACAUCAGAAGUCCCCUAAAUUCCUCGUGUAUCGCCUCAACGCCGAAGAUACUCACUGUAAGUCGCAUCUGCUGACGAUGAUGAUGACAGCUCAGCAGAGAGUUCGAGGCGGAGUGCAUGCAUGUCAAAGAUGCCGUCGGAGAAAGCAGAAGUGUGACCAGAGGUAUCCACAAUGUUCAAAUUGCGAAAGUGCACAUGCUCAGUGUCUCUCUUAUCAUUCUGGCAAACAAGCAAAUAUACCGCGCGACUACGUAGCCAGCUUGGAGAGGCAAAUAGCAGAAUUGAGUAGUCAAAAUCAGCAGUUGCGAAGUCAAAGACAACCGCAAUCUUCAGUUCCAACUGAAACAUCGCCCAGCUCAGUCUACAGCACUGGCAUUUCGCAUCCUGGACGUCAAACAGAGCCUGACAAGGAUCCUCCUGUAAUCAGAGAUUUGGUCGCAAGCGUCAGGAACGCCGUCCCACGAACAGGGUCUCAAUCGGACGUCCUAGGACAGACCAGUGGUAUAUCUUUCGCAAAAAUGGUACUCGCCGCAAUCCACGUAGGCAAAGGCUCGUCAGUAUUGCUGCCUGAGCAACAAGCUUUUCAAGGAGUUGAUUCUUCAACGACCUCUCCAGCGUCACUUCCCCCUCGCCACGUUGCCGAUCAUUUGAUCGAAGUAUACUUUCAGUACCGCACACCACAUCUGCCCAUCUUGACCCAAUCGCAAGUCAUCACGGCCAUCGACGGCGCAUACCAGUCACUUGCGAAUGACACCGCUUUUGAUUCGGAGGCCGAGAGUAACAUUUUCGUGGCGUAUAUGGUUUUCGCCAUCGCUCUUGUAGACAUACCUCACUUCGGAGGCCGAUCAAGUCAAAGCGAUGGUUGUUUUCGUUCAGCUCUCGCUUGGGUUCAAAGCGUCCUCACAUACUCCAAGAGCGACCUGGACACUCUAAGAAUGGUACUCCUGCUUGUGCAAUUCGUUGCUAUGUCGCCUUCGCAAGGAAGCCUCUGGCAUCUGACAGGUUUUGCUCUUCGUCUUUGCAUCGACCUAGGCCUUCACUGGGAGACAGAGUCACAAUGUGUCAAUACGGACCCAGGGCUGCUGGAUGAUCGACGGCGGCUAUGGCAUGUCACUUAUCAUUUUGAUCGACUCAUGAGCAUAACACUCAGUCGACCCUUUGGAAUACAUGACGAGGAUGUUCGUGUGCCAUUGCCAAAUCCAUGGCUGCGAUCUUGUCCGAGCAUCUCACCGCAACGUGAAGACUUCACUGCUCAUACUCAACGAGCUCACAACCAUAUCUUCACGUUGGCGAAACUCGAAUCAGAAGCCAGACACGUGCAAAACAGCCAAGCAUGGACUUUCAGACUCUCAUCUCCCCGUCCAAGCUGGGACAUGUGGCUACAGGAUAUGCAGCCACGCAUGCAGGAAUGGUAUGCGACAAUACCAGAUCCAGGCAAAGCUCAUACACAGUCGAUAUUUGCAUCUCAAUCUUACUGGAAUGUCAUCUACUACAACGCCAUACUAGCUUUGUACCGCCCACAUUCCAAUACGCCAUAUCAGUCCAGCGAUGCUUUGAUGAUUUCAUUCGAAGCUGCUAGCAAGAUCAUAGCCGGUCUCAAAGCCCUACAGCGGGAAGGAAGAGUCGAGAUGCUGUGGAAGUCAGUGCACCACCUAUUCAUGGCUGGUCUCGUCAUUAUCUACGGCCUAUGGAUAUCGAAAGAAGUUCGCGAUCGAACUCCAGUUACUCAAAGUAUAUUGACACUGCAGACAUGUGCAUCAACCUUGUCAGCCAUGUCCGAAACGUUCAAGGGCGCAGCAGGUUGUCGCGAUGCUUUCGAAACACUAUCGACGGCUACCACUGAUUUUUUGGUCACUAUUGAUGACAAGGAAGUUUCAAGUAACCAUAUGGAAUUCGGGAGUCAGAUAAAGGAUCUGAUGAAUCAAUUGAGGGCGUCUCGCGUGGAAGCGAGGCCGCAUGCGGCUCCGCCUGAUAUCGAAACGACAGCUAACAUCGGCUUAUUGGAUAGCUUCGACCUCAGUGAGCUACUGAAUACAGCCGCGCAAUGGCCAGAUUUGGGGGAGCUGGACUUCUUUGCUGGGUACCAGGGCGAUCAGGUGGACAUAGCAGCGUCUUCCAGUGCGACCUUUGUCACAUAAUUCAAUCAGUUGGUCUUUAGAGAGAUUUCUAUCAGACUUUCGAUGUACA